AACUCCUACAUAAUCUGUGAAUUCUUUCCAUGUUUCUCUGUUAUCAUCCUUUUCGUUCCCUUGUAAUAAAGAACCUUCUGCUAAUCCCUUUUUAAAAUAAGUAAUACCACUUCUAAACCUAUACUAAGAUAAUUUUCUUCUAAGUUUUCUUUAAUAUGACAAACGAAGCAGCUUUGAGAUCGUCAAUGGUAGGUCUUGCAUUGGUGAUGGUGUUGGUAUGGUUAUGGACACAGUCUUUAAAGAAGACGGUUAUUACUUAUGCGAUCGGCGUUUCUCUGAUCGCUGGCAUAGUCUUACCUGACUGGGACUUCUUUGAUCGGAGUUUCUCCCGCUGGACCUACCCUGUUACGGCCGAGGAAAGAGCCGCCGCUCUCUCCCGCAAAUCACAAUCUUCAAGGUUUAGUGUGUACCCUAUGCGGAUGGUUGUAUACGUAACGGCGUACGGAUAUGCAGUGUAUAGGUGGUGGAUGUUCGUGACGAAAUGAAGCCAUUUUGUUCCAUCUUUCUGUAUGUUCUGUGUUGAUUAGCAUAUUAUGUUAGCGGUGUUCCUUCAAAUAAAAAUUAUUUUGAAUUCUGAAUGAUUUGUCAGACCUACUAAAACCAAAAAAAAAAAA